UCAACACCCUGGUCCCUGUCGAGGUUCCCGUUUCCUGGUCGAGCUGACGUUCAACAACCGUCCCGCCUGGCGAUAACAACGACUGGUUCAAGGGCCUGAUAUCCAUUCCCACCAUCGCUCGGGACCGACUGCGACUUGUCAAUCUCUGCCCCACCUGACAUAUCCCGUCCGUAUCGGUGACUGCUGUCUCCGUUAUUAGCUUCGCAGCCCCCCUCCAACUGCGCCUGGGCUGUGAGAGUUGGCCUCGGAGUGUCGUUGCGGUGCCCUGUGAUUCAACAGAGGACCGGAUGCGGAACUGGAUCGCCAUUGCAUUUGGCAUUCCAUGUUGUUUCGCCGUCUUCCCCCUCUGGAUUAUCACGCCUGCUGUCACGCUGUGCUUCGCUACGCGUUCUAGAACCUUGCGGUCCGAGCUGCUUGCACCCCCAAGGACCCGUCGCUGUGCCAGCACAGGAGCGCAUCCUCGAUAGCCGCCAUGGCAAACAACCACACGCAAACGCCCAAAGAUGCUAGUUUCCAGGAAGAGGAGCGUCUCGAGGAUGCGCUCGACUACCUGAACGAGCUGCACGUGCAGCUUCAGCGUCUUCGGUCUGCCAUACCGCGCAUGUUUCACCCCAUGGCCGUGAAGUCAUCCACACCCCAGAAUACAUUCGCCGCAUUUUCGGAUGCGGUGCAAGACACGGGGAAGGAAAUUCGCCAGUUCAAAGACACUAUGUUAAGCAGCGAGAGCGAAAAGGUCUUCAACAUGGCCAACGAAAGCCGGCGAGCAAAUCCCAUGGGAAUCAAGCCAUGGAGAGCUAGGGACGAUCCCGAAUGGACGACGAGAAAGAGGAGAAAGCUGGACAACGGGCUCAAGCAGUCUUGACGAAGAACGAUGGACCACGACACCAGCAUAUACAUGCUUUUUGACUCAUAAAUUUUCCUUGAUAAGGGCUGGGAUUGGCUUCUGGAGUAUGGGAUUGGCGCCGGGAGUUAGGGUCGGUUUGGGAAGACAUGAUUGCGAUUCUAGUGGGCUGCUCUGGUAAUACCCAACGAGUUAUCAAGUAACAGCAUAAAGGGAUUUCUGGGCGCACAGUUCUUGCAUGGGAAUAGUUGGCUGCGUUCAUAUCACCUGGAAGGAUGCAGUGAAAACUGAAGCGGUCUGAGAAGCAAAGUUACGAUUGCGAUUGGUCGUUAUCUCACAUGUCGAUCGAGGCAAACAUUUGCUAGUCACUAAUAAACGGAGGGGAGGAUGCGAAGUGAUUUAGUAGAGCCAGCGCUGUCGUUGAAGGUUCACAUUCACAAACUAUCGAUUCCUCGUUGUCACCAUGUCUUGCAACAAAGGGGUGACGUGACAGCUGGUGCGUGCUCAAGUUGAUAGUUGAAGGUGGACAGUGCACCCUGGCAGCUGGCUUCGUUCGUUUUAAGCG